AUGUAUGGAGGAGUAUUUGGAGUUCAAAAGUCACUUGUCAAAGGAGGGUGCAGGUGGAUCAUUGGUACCGGAGAGAACAUAAACAUUUGGGAGCAAAAUUGGCUCAAGGAAGGCAUGCCACUUACUACACCUUCUAACAUACAACUGUUUGGUGAUAUUAAAAUAGUGAAGGACCUUAUGAUGAUUAAUUCAAAAUCAUGGGACCUCGACAAAAUCCGGUAUCAAGACAGACACGGUGUUUCAGGUCAAUGGAACAACAUCUGGCAUGCAAAAAUUCCUCCAAAAGUGAAGAACCUUAUUAGGCGCAUUGGUCGGGAUAUCUUACCAACACGCAAGAAGCUCAUCAGCCGUGGAGUACAAUGUCCAGUGCAUUGUGAUGUCUGCAACGAUGGAGACGAAGACAGUAUACACGUGUUGUUUUCAUGUACAAGAAGUAUUCAGUGUUGGCAGCGAGCAGGAUUGUGGUCUCAUAUUAGUGCAGCGUGGGGCAUAUGGAAGCGCCGGAAUAAUAAAGUGUGGGAUAAUAUCACUGAUUUUGACCAAAUUGUGGUUGAACGAGCUAAACAUUUAAUCACUUCUUGGCGAAAUGCACAACAAAUUCGUCAAUCAGCCAACAUAGCUCAGUCGAGCCCUCAACAAACAAUUUGGAUCAAGCCAAGACAUGAAAGGUACAAGUGUAAUGUAGAUGCUUCCUUUUCGCUAGAUCGCAACAAGGUGAGACUUGGUAUGUGUUUAAGGGAUGAACAUGGUAAGUUUGUGGCGGCGAGAACAGAGUGGAUAAAACCUAUAGUCGAAGUGGAGAUUGGUGAAGCCAUAGGCUUACUGCAUGCUCUCAAGUGGGUAGAAGAAAUGCAGUUACACAACACUGAUUUUGAAAUGGAUUACAAAAAGAUAGUCGACAGUCUUUACGGUAAAAGAACCUAUCUCUCUGACCUUGGUUCUAUUUUCAAUGAUUGUAGAACUAUUCUAGCUUCUAAUCUUGUAAACUUUGAUGUUAAGUUCAUUAGGAGACAAGCAAAUGAAGUUGCUCAUAGGCUUGCCGGGGCGACUACAUCUCUAACUAGUUUCCAUAAUUUUAUCACUAUACCAACAUGUAUUUACAAUAUUAUUAUCAAUGAAAUUAGAUAA